AUGCAUUUCGAGGUUGUAGCACUGGAGAAACAACACCAGCCUCUCUUUGAGACACUUGACCUUCCACCCAACACGACCUACAGCCUCACUUCAUAUCAAACAACCUCCACACGCGACGAACUGCACGCCCGCAUUCGCAAUGCGGAUAUUGUUGUUGUUACGACAGUGAAGCUCGAUGCUGAAACGCUGAGCCACAAUGUCACACCGCGAUUGCGUUACGUUAUUGUCUCCGCAACUGGCACGGACUGCGUAGACCUCCAGUCUGCGAAGGCCCGAGCCAUCCGUGUAUGCAACUGUCCAGGGGCAAAUCUGGAGGCAGUGUCUGAGCACGCGAUAAGCCUCUACUUUGCAGCGCGACGCAGGACCGUUUUACUAGAUCAGGUUACGCGUCGUCAGCCCAGUGAAUGGAAGCAGAGGGGCAGUGUCAACACGUAUCUGCGACUACCCGAUGGCAAGCCCCCGUUGACAUGUGGAGAUGAAGUCCUAGGAAUUGUGGGCUAUGGAGGCCUUGGAAAGCGUAUUGCGGCCGUGGGACGGGCCCUGGGGAUGAAGGUGCUCGUGGCUGAUCGUAAACCGUCCUCCAACCCCUCACCGGGAGAUGCACUCCCAGCGCCGAAUGCGGAAGAUGGCCGUGUGCCGUUUGACGACGUCCUUCGACAAGCUACAGUUAUCGUACUGUCGCUACCGCGAAACCCACAAACGCUGAACCUGUUAUCCGCGGCCGAAUUCGAGAAGAUGCACCCAUAUGCACUGUUGAUCAACAUUGCCAGAGGCGGCAUCGUCGAUGAGGCAGCUGUCGUGAAGGCCUUGAGAGAGAAGCGCAUUGCCGGCUAUGCUACCGAUGUAUACCAAGUCGAGCCUGUUGGAGGACCAGAGGACACACCUCUUCUUGCGGAAGAUGUAAAGGAUUUGAACAUCACCUUGAGCCCACAUCUGGCUUGGCUUUCACAGAGGACGAUCAAGAACUUGGGUGAGAUCUUGAAGGCCACCACAGAGGCGGCACUCAAAGGCGAGUACAUCAACGUUGUCGCUUGA